AUGAGCGACUCACCACCCUCUCUCAAAGCGCACUCGGCGCAGCCAGCGAAUUUCCAAGAUGCUAUCCUGUCCGCCGACGAGCUCGAACUCCGAGCCCAAGGUCACAAGGGAGAGCUUCCCCGACAAUUCUCUACGCUUUCGACUCUGGCCAUCGCCUUCCUCCUGACGAGCGCAUGGAUCGGGUAUUCAGCAACAUUCCCCUACCCGUUGCUGGCCGGCGGUGGGCCAUAUGUGUUCUGGGGCUUGAUCGUUGCCACGAUCGCUUGCUCCAUCAUCACUGCCGGACUGGCGGAGCUGAGUUCAGCGUAUCCCUCCACCGGAGGACAAUACCAUUUCGCAUUCAUGGUGUCAUCCGAGAAAACUCGGGCGGCCGUUGCCUUCGUCAUGGGCUGGCUCUCCGUCAUCGCCUAUUGUCUCUUCACGGCCAGUGCCACGAUCGUCUGUGCGCAGAUCACGGCCGCAAUCGCCGGUUUCUGGCAUCCAGACUAUGUCGCAACUCAGUGGCAGAUCUACUUGAUGUACAUCUUGUAUCAGGCGCUCGCGACAGCCGUCGUUGUGCUCUUCCCCCGACAGCUGCCGAAAACCGAGAUUGGGUUCUUCUUGAUCAGCGUUUCUGGCUGUAUUGUCUUCUUCAUCACUGUACUUUCGGCCAGUGACACCAAACAACCCGCCGAGGUCGUUUUCACCGAAGUUGUCAACGUCACCGGUUGGAGCGAUGGAGUCUCUUUCAUCCUGGGAGUAGGAACGUGCAUGUACGCGUACAUUGCCACGGAUGGGGCAUCCCAUAUCGCCGAGGAAAUCCCCAACCCGGGCAAAGGUGUCCCCAGAACCAUGAUGCUCAGUCUGGGCAUAUCAGCCGUCAGCGUGAUCCCCUGGACUUUGGCAUUCCUUUUCUCGACCAACGACCUCGACGCCGUUGCGUCUUCCAGCUUUCCUAUCCUCGAGGUCUAUCAGCAAGCGUUGAACAACCGUUCAGGUGCCACGUUCCUCGCCGUGUGGCUUCUGGUCAUCUAUUUCGGCUCCGUCGUCAGUGUCGUGGCGGCCACGGGCCGUCUGACUUGGGCAUUUGCUCGUGACAACGGCCUUCCAUACUCACCUACCUUUGCGAAGAUCAGCCCCAGCCUCCAAAUGCCGGUCAAUGCGACGAUCGCUUCGAGCGUAUUCGUCGCCUGUUACGGUGCAAUCUACGUGGGAUCCACUACGGCCUUCAACAGCUUCAUCUCCAUGUCGAUCCUUUCGCUCAAUGUCACGUAUGCGAUUCCGCAAGGCAUUGUCUUCUUCCGCGGGCGAGACAAAGUUCUUCCGCACACACGGCAGUUCAAUCUGGGCAAGAUAUUCGGCCCUUUCUGCAACAUCUUCUGUGUGUGUUGGGUCUGCUUGUACACAGUAUUGUUCUGUCUGCCGACCUUCUUGCCUGCCGAGGUCGAGUCCAUGAACUACGUUUCUGUAGUUGUGGCUGGCUGUGCCUUGAUCAUCGUGAUCAUGUGGUUCUCUGGCAAGAGAAAGACAUUCGUGGGACCGAUUAUAAACAUGGAACUCCUAGAGGCCGCUAAGAUUCAACACGUUGACGCCGAGACUCAAGCAACAAUCCUGGCUGGCGAGAAGGUGGUCGAAAGUCGGUGA